GAUUUCGUGACCUCGGCGAACAGUGGGUCUCUAGGUAUGAAUCCAGAAGUUUCCGAGUGGAGCUCCAGCAUCUGUAUUCCCAGAUCAGGCCCCUGUAUGAGCAGCUACACGCCUUCGUCAGGAAGACCUUGAAAACUAUGCACAGAAUACCUAUGCUUAGGACCGGCCAGAUACCUGCACAUGUUUUAGGUAACAUGAUGGCUGACGAAUGGAGCAAAAUAUAUACGAAUGUCGUGAUCUUUAAUGAAAGCAGUAAUGAUAUUAAGCUGAAGUUUAGGGAUCUAAGUGCGAGAGAUUUGGUGGAAAUGGCCGACGAUUACCUUCUUUCACUCGGAUUUGAUCAAUUGGAUAAGACAUUCUAUAAGGCAAGGAUUCGUUAUUCAAGUAAACAGGGAGAGCAAGCGGGUUUUCGAGCAUUUGUUUUUGACCUUUUCGACCAAAAGGACUACAGGCUUGUUGGUCCCAGAACAGUAGGAGACACGCAAUUCUAUGAUGCCCAUAAUAAGAUCACACAAAUCCACUAUUUCAUGCAGUACAGAAACCAGCCUGUAAUUUACAGAGAGCCAGCUAAUGAUGCGUUCCUGGAAGCGGUCGGUGGUGCCAUUGAAUUGUCAGUUCGAAAUCUGGAUUACCUGAAGAAAAUCCGCUUACUGAGGACGAGGCAGAUAACACACAGGACGAGGAUUAAUUAUCAGUUGAUGAUAGCUUUGGAAAAAGUUGCCUUGUUGCCGUUUGCCUAUUUGGUAGAUGAGUGGCGCUGGUCAGUCUUCAAUGGCAGUACCACUGCUGACAAUUAUAACCAAGUCUGGUGGCGUCUACGCUGCGACUUGCAAGGGGUAUCUCCACCGGUGCAUAGACUGGACAACGAUUUUGACCCAGGGGCUUUGCUUGAGAUUGCCACAAACAAGCCCUACAUUAAGCAUUUCAUCAGCACCAUUCUCCAGUUUCAGAUCUACAAACGUCUGUGUAAUAUAGCUCAACACAAAGGACCUUUACAUAAAUGCAACUUAAAGAACAACAUUGAAGCUGGUGACAAACUUCGAGCAAUGAUGAAACUAGGAUCAUCUGUAACUUGGAAAACGGCAUUAAAAGAACUGACUGGACAAGUGAGAAUACAAGCCAGCCCGAUGAUAGAAUACUUCCAACCACUACUUAGGUAUCUCCGGGAGAAAAAUGGAAACGAGUAUGGAUGGCAACCGGCAUGUGACAUGAGAAUUAAAGUUUCUGGCUAG